GAAUUACACCAGCAGCGGAACUGUGAGGAAGAAGGAGGCAGUGUGCCAAGGAAUAGUCCAAAGAGACAGUGCGACCCAGCUGGCUGAGAUGUGAGCAACAGCAGUGUUAUUGUGGCAGCCGAGGAGCCAGGAGCAAUGGCGUUGCCGGGGGAGCGAUGGCACAAACCAUGUGUGGGCUGGCCUUCACGUUGCCUUCUCCCUCCCUCCGUCUAAUCCUGAUAUCCCGUCCGCCGCCGAGCAGGGGAGGCAAAGCCUACAGUAGCCGAUGGCAGCGGGAGACCAGAAAGUACACGCCCAGGCCUUUCCUCUUUAGACUUGCUGGAUGGUGGAUUGCGGGAAGUUCGAACGGCGGUGGCCGGGCUGCAGCUCCUGCCUUGGACUGGGGUGCCGGGCUCUCCUCCCGGCUCCCCACCGCCGCCGGGGGUGGGGGCAGCGCCCGCGGCCUGCUAGCGCAGGGCUGGCCAAGCCUUUUUGACAAGCUGAUUGUGAGGAGGGGAUUGGCUGAUCCAGGCGUGACGCCGGUAACAACAAAGGUGGAGUUGGAAGAAAUUAGAUUAAAGGAGAGAAGGGAAAAAAAAUUAAAGGGGGAGCUAGCAGGCGACUGGAGGCAGAGACCAAGGGGAGACGCACGAAGCUCUGUUCCCGGUUCUCACUUCCCCCUUUCAAGCUCCUUCGCACUAACGCGCCGGGAUUUGGCUAUAAACCCCCACCCCGGCCGCGGCCUAGUUACGGAAGCCGGGGAAGAAGGGAUUGGCCGCUCCGCUGCGUUUUGAAAAAUCUCCCUAACUCCUACUGACACUCCACUACGACCCAGGGGAGAACUUUUCGCUCUAACUCCUCGGAUCCUAAGGCCACUGAAGAUGGGGGGCAUCGAGAACAACGAAAGACUCGCUCUGAAACCCGGAAGGCCCUCGCGGGGCAUCGAGAUCGAACGAGGAGGGGUGCUUCCCCGGUAUUUUGAUGUGUUGCAAACCUAGGAGCGUCUUUUUUUUUUCUUCUCUCUUUUUUGUAACACUCCCUUCGCCCCCACCCCGCUUUAGCUUCAGGGUUGCAAAAGCAAAGCAAUAAAAAAAAAAAAAACCUGCGCAUACACUCAGACACACACCAGUGGCGACAGGGGAGAGUUGGAAAAACGCAGGAGAGGAGGAGGAGGCAGGAGACAGCGGGGAUGGAGCAAUGGGAGCGAGAGGAGGCUGGAUCCCUCACAGAUCCCCCUCCGGCUUCAAACUGCCUCGCCCGCCCCGGCAGGGGAGCGAGGAGUCGGGCGAGCAGAUGGAGCGGAGCUCGCUCUAGGCAGCUGGCUUGGCCGGAGACUGGAGGAGCCGCCAAGCGACCGGCUGAUUGGAAGAGAAACGCAGAGCGAUGGAGGCGGGGGUAGGAGGACGGUUUCUCUGCGGGGACUGGCGGCGGCGUACACGCCCGGGUCGGGCGCUGCAGAGCUUGGCUAGCUUUCAACCCGCGCUCGGCGGCUCUAGCCCCGCGCACCCCCGCCCCCAGCCCUGCCGGCGGCCCCGCAGGGUGAGGUGGCUCUGACCCCGGGUUGCCCGGCCAGCGCGACCGAGGAGGUGGCUGGACAGCUGGAGAAUGAACGGAGAGGCGGACUGUCCCACAGACCUGGAAAUGGCCACCCCCAAAGGCCAAGAGCGCUGGUCCCAGGAAGAUAUGCUAACUUUGCUGGAAUGCAUGAAGAACAACCUUCCAUCCAAUGACAGCUCCAAGUUCAAAACCACAGAGUCGCAUAUGGACUGGGAAAAAGUUGCAUUUAAGGACUUUUCAGGAGAUAUGUGCAAGCUCAAAUGGGUGGAGAUUUCUAAUGAGGUGAGGAAGUUUCGUACAUUGACGGAAUUGAUCCUUGAUGCUCAGGAACAUGUUAAAAAUCCUUACAAAGGCAAAAAACUCAAGAAACACCCAGAUUUCCCAAAGAAGCCUCUCACCCCUUAUUUCCGCUUCUUCAUGGAGAAGCGGGCCAAGUACGCAAAACUCCACCCUGAGAUGAGCAACCUGGACCUGACCAAGAUUCUGUCUAAGAAGUACAAGGAGCUUCCAGAGAAGAAGAAGAUGAAAUAUAUUCAGGACUUCCAGAGGGAGAAACAGGAGUUCGAGCGAAACCUGGCCCGAUUCAGGGAGGAUCACCCUGACCUUAUCCAGAAUGCCAAGAAGUCGGACAUCCCAGAGAAGCCCAAAACUCCCCAGCAACUGUGGUAUACCCAUGAGAAGAAGGUGUAUCUCAAAGUGCGGCCAGAUGCCACUACGAAGGAGGUGAAGGAGUCCCUGGGGAAGCAGUGGUCUCAGCUCUCGGACAAAAAGAGGCUGAAAUGGAUUCAUAAGGCCCUGGAGCAGCGGAAGGAGUACGAGGAGAUGAUGCGUGAUUAUAUCCAGAAGCACCCCGAGCUAAACAUCAGCGAGGAAGGCAUCACCAAAUCUACCCUCACCAAGGCCGAACGCCAGCUCAAGGACAAGUUUGACGGGCGACCUACCAAGCCACCUCCGAACAGCUACUCAUUGUACUGUGCAGAGCUCAUGGCCAACAUGAAGGAUGUGCCCAGCACAGAGCGCAUGGUGCUAUGCAGCCAGCAGUGGAAGCUGCUUUCCCAGAAGGAAAAGGAUGCCUAUCACAAGAAAUGUGACCAGAAAAAGAAAGAUUAUGAGGUGGAGCUGCUGCGGUUCCUCGAGAGCUUGCCCGAGGAAGAGCAGCAGCGGGUCCUGGGGGAGGAAAAGAUGUUGAACAUCAAUAAGAAGCAGACCACCAGUCCAGCCUCCAAGAAGCCCUCUCAGGAAGGUGGCAAGGGCGGCUCUGAAAAGCCCAAGCGGCCUGUGUCUGCCAUGUUCAUCUUCUCAGAGGAGAAGCGAAGGCAGCUGCAGGAGGAGCGGCCUGAGCUCUCAGAGAGCGAGCUGACCCGCCUGCUGGCCCGCAUGUGGAACGACUUGUCCGAGAAGAAGAAGGCUAAGUACAAAGCCCGGGAGGCUGCUCUCAAGGCUCAGUCAGAGAGGAAGCCAAGUGGGGAGCGUGAAGAGCGAGGCAAGCUGCCUGAGUCGCCCAAGAGAGCUGAGGAAAUAUGGCAGCAGAGUGUCAUUGGAGACUAUCUGGCUCGCUUCAAGAAUGACCGGGUGAAAGCCUUGAAAGCAAUGGAGAUGACUUGGAACAACAUGGAGAAGAAGGAGAAGCUGAUGUGGAUUAAGAAGGCAGCAGAAGACCAAAAACGAUAUGAGAGAGAGUUAAGUGAGAUGCGGGCCCCUCCAGCUGCUACGAACUCUUCCAAGAAGAUGAAGUUCCAGGGGGAGCCCAAAAAACCUCCCAUGAACGGUUACCAGAAGUUCUCCCAGGAGCUGCUGUCCAAUGGGGAGCUGAAUCACCUGCCGCUGAAGGAGCGCAUGGUAGAGAUUGGCAGCCGCUGGCAGCGGAUCUCCCAAAGCCAGAAGGAACACUAUAAGAAGUUGGCAGAGGAGCAGCAGAAGCAGUACAAGGUGCACUUGGACCUCUGGGUCAAGAGCCUGUCUCCCCAGGACCGUGCAGCAUACAAAGAAUACAUCUCCAAUAAACGUAAGAGCAUGACUAAGCUUCGAGGCCCAAAUCCUAAGUCUAGCCGAACCACCCUACAGCCUAAGUCGGAGUCUGAGGAGGAUGAUGAUGAGGAAGAUGAGGAUGAUGAGGAAGAGGAAGAGGAGGAAGAUGAUGAGAACGGGGACUCCUCCGAGGAUGGCGGGGACUCUUCUGAGUCUAGCAGCGAAGAUGAGAGCGAAGAUGGGGAUGAGAAUGAGGACGACGAUGACGACGACGAUGAUGAUGAGGAUGACGAUGAGGAUGAAGACAAUGAGUCUGAGGGCAGCAGCUCCAGCUCUUCCUCUUCAGGGGACUCCUCAGACUCUGACUCCAACUGAGACUCAGCCCCCACCCUGGGCAGACAGCCAAGGAGAGCCCACUGCAGAGCUCCCCUCCCCAACUGACCACCUUUGUCUCUCCCUAUGUUCUGUCCCCUCAGCCUCCCCCACUUUCUUUCUUUAUUCCUUUUUUAAAAAAAAAUUCAGUGGGGGUAGAAGGCUGCAUGAGCCCAGGCUAGGACUCUGCGGUCUUGGAGCCAUCGGCUCCAAGGGUUCUCCAGGAACAGCGACCAUCAGACUGAGCCAGCACUGGACGGGUGCACCCCACCCCCUUCUGCACUUGCAGUUCCAGCAUGGACAAUGGACCGGGGAGUUUGGGGGUGGGAGUGUGUCCUAAAGAGUUCGGUGAGGCCUCCACACCUGCAGCCUGCAUCAAGGUGGAUGUUCAGGGAGCCUUUCCUUCCCAGAGGGGCUUGCCGCCUGGACUCCCACGAUGAACUGGAGGGAGAGAAAGGCGCUGCCUUCAAGAAAGCAGGCAGUGUCCCGUGUCCCUCUCCCCUGCCCCUGCAGGAAGGAGCUGCCUGGACCUGUUCAUGGGGGAGGGGCAGAGUGUUUUUUAUAUAUGUGUAUAUAUUUUUUUUUUAAGCUCUGAGCUGUCAACGAGACGUUUCCUAUCGA